GGGAGGGAUAUGGGAUGAAGGGGGCAAGGACAAGCUGUAACUGGGAGCCCAUUCUGCUUUUGGCAGCGCCUAGGGAUAAACUUGAAUUCCCGAAAAACACAGCUUUCCGUAAGGUGUAUCGUCUCCACCAACUCCCCGGAGCUCUUUCCCACUUCUCCAACCCCACUCAUCCUUCAACUCACCGGCAUCGUCCCCUCCCCGCACCACACAUAUCGUGCCUUCUCAAGUUCCAGUGUUGGCCAACAUCUGUCCACUGACCCCUCCCCGCUGGGUUGGACUGCUACCUUCUCUUGUGGGAAUUGAACAUCAUGGUUUCCUUGGCUCUCAGGCCUCGACAUCAUCCUCGGUCACAUUUAUCUUUAUGACAUCUCGUCUUUAAACGGCCACUGCCGGCUCUCGCUCUUAGUUUCAGAUGCUCGGAGACAGCCGCCCAAUCAUCAUAUGGACAUCGUGUUUUCCUUCAGCAAAAAGGGCCGAGGAUCAAGCUCUAGAUGGGGAGGGUGAAUGUGAGUUAUCCGUUCACUCACUGGCGAUCCAACAAUCCAUCUCAUAGCCACACACCUCCCGUCCUCGGCUCUAAGCCUACCUGCCUAGGUACUUACACUGUAGCCUCCCCUGUCUUCCACCCGGGGGACUCCCCAGAAUCAAACCUUCCAUCCGGGGUAGUCGCCCCAUCAUCCUGUCUGACAAGCCGGCCCCUGACCAAUUACUCGUCCCAUACUUGACCCUCCCUCUCUACCAAACUCCCCGAUCCCCAGUUUAUUGUGCUGUGCUACGCUGUCUGCGGGGGCGGCUCACUUUGAUGCACCCCAGAAAAUCGACUAACUAUCUCGCCAACCACUCCAGCCAUAAGGUGACCACCUACUUGUCAAGCUUCCCUUCUUCGCGUCCUGUCGAACUUCCCAAGACGACGCCCGAGGCUCGCCAUCAACCAGGAAAACUCACUGUGCUAACGACAACCCCCACCUAGCGAAUACUCUCGCCACCACUUACAUGAUAUUUCUUGUCGGCUCACCCCCCAUAUAUACACAUUGGUGAAGGAGAGAACAUGCCGAGAAGGGGCACCUGGAGUCGGCAUAUAGGAAACCAGUCGAUCUCCCGCUCCACAGACUGACAGGAAUGAUGGCACAAGCCUACGACCCGGGGGCGGUUGCUGCGCUGCCCCGAAUGCAUCCCCCAGGAAUGUCACGGCCACAGGUCAGCAUUGAACGACUGCCUACACGACGCAUGAGUAACGAGCCACGAGAGUCUAUGAACUGCAAAUCGUGUCGAAAACGCAAGAUCAAAUGCAACCGUCUACGACCUGCCUGUGAAGCCUGCCAGGUCUUCCAGUGCCCAUGUGUAUACGAUGCUGUUCCAAAGAAAAGGGGGCCCAAAACAGAUGUUUUGGAAGCUUUACUGAAAAGAGUCGACGGGCUAGAGGCUCGACUGAAAGAAAAAAAGACAGACCCCGAGGCUUCCACCUCGGAAAACCCGCCUAUCAAUAUCUCUGAUGAGUCGGUGUCUCCAACAGCAACAACAGGCACAAAAACAGAUGACAAACCAGAGCAACAAGCGGGACCAAGUGAGGCUAGCCACGAAAGUGACGACCUAGCCAUUUUCUCACCAAUAGACUCGAGCCCGCCAUCCCCUGAGGUUCAGCCGGAUGAUCUUCUCGAUACUUACUUCAGUCGCCUCCAUGACAAGCCAUUUCAUAUCUUGGACGAAUCUACGCUGAGGCAACGACGACAACUCAGUCAAGCUCCUGAUUAUCUCAUACAUGCCAUUUUUGCGGUAGCAGCGAGAUAUACCCCUCAUCCCAGUGGCUAUCAGUCAGCUGUAAAGCUCAGUGAAGACUAUGCCACUCGGUCGAGAUUGGAAAUCGACACAGAUGAGCCGUCAGUCGAUGCCCUACAGGCGCUCGUGCUGCUGGUCACCGCAUUCACUGCGGCUGGCAAAGGCAAAAGGGCAUACAUGUUGCUGACAAGUGCGGUUGGGAUGGCCAUGGCACUCGAACUACACAGAGAGAUGGACGUCAACGCACGAGUUACGCCAACCGAGCGAGAGACACGACGAAAAUUGUUUUGGAGCUGCUAUCUGCUCGACCGGUUCAUGGCCUGCGGGUCAAAACGCCCUUCCUUGAUCGCAGAUAGAGCCAUCAUCUUGAGGCUCCCGUCGUGGUUGCCCGUUCCCGGGUCGCUACCGGCCGAUGGGGAUUAUUUUCAGAGCUACACCAAUCUGCAAUAUUUACAGGGCACAGGAAAGAAAGCGCAAGGAAGCAGCGGCAUGCUCAUCGACAUUUGUCGCAUCUUGGGAACAACAAACCAGUACCUGGCAGCUGGGGGCGUCAAAGGAGAUUCGCAUUUUCCAUGGCACUCUCUAUCCAAUCUCUCAAAGAUCCGCCAAGAUCUAGAUGUGUGGGCAUCCGGGACGCAGGAUGUGUUUUCAAGCCUGGAUUCACUUUUUGGCCAGCCUGACUCCACCGUGCUUGUAUUGAGCAAGCUUGUUUACCAUCUUAUUCACUGCCUUAUAUACCGACCAUUUCUACCGAUCGAUCUAUCGGAACUUACUGGGACAGGGCAGCACCAGUCAUGGCAGAUAGAAGCCACCAACAUGUGUUUCCUCCAUGCGAACGCUAUCGCAGAACUUGUGGAGGUCGGAAAGCGGACAGCAUCGAUCGAAUGGCCGGCAUUUGUUGGAUUUUGUAUAUCCACAGCAGGGACAGUCCACAUACACGGCGCUCACUACAGCAGGGUGGGAAAUACAGGCGAGAUGAAUGUGUUUAGUUCCUCGGCGGAGUUUCUCUCGCGAGAGAUGCAGCAGCUAAGUGAACUGCGGUAUGCCUGGGCGAGUGUUCAACAUCAACGGGAGACACUACAAGGCAUGUACAAUGCUCACUCGGGACUUGUCAAGAGCCACAACAGCAACGCCAUGCGCCAGUCCCCGGUAUUCCAUCUGGAAGAUUUUUUUGAUCGUUACUCGGGUACCACCAGCCCGGGAGGCCAAGCAUUUAGUUUUGAUGCCGCCAACUUGAACCUUUCGGAUGUGGUUGUCGACUUUACUGCUGAUGCGUACACUGGUCAAGAUCUCUACGCGCCGCGCCUCACAGCGGGCGAUGCAGGGCCAUCUCGACCGAACCUCAAGAGAAAGAAUACAGCGUCCUCGGGCAGGAAGAGGCCAGACCUACGCAAUCUUUUAUCUUUGAACAGCAGUUUGAAAGUGGCAACAGCACCAGUGUUGUCAACACCAUCCAGUGCCCAUCGCCACUCAUUCUCAGCAGCGUCCAUGUCGUCGCAGCAGUCGCCAAAUAUGCUACACACACCACAUUCAUUGACGAGCGGAUUCCACGGCAUGCAUGAACAAAGCGCACCGCACGCAAUGGGUGGGUUUUCAAUGGGAGGAGGGCAUCCUGGCGAACUCCCGGCUGGGUUAAGCAGCAUGUCGAGCGGCCUAUUCAGUCCGUCAUUCAACUUUUCAGGAUAUCGAAACCCCGCAACACCGGGCACAGGCGGCCCACACCAAGGCUUUGACCCGAUGUUUGGUGAGCUCCCUACCAACACUUUUUCGACACCCACACCGUGGCACCACGGCGAAGAAGCAGGCAACGGAAAAGGGGCGAUGGUGACAAGCCCAACCGGGAUUACGCCAAGCGAAAGUGUAGGAACUGCGGGCACCGCAGGUGAUGAAAAAGACCCUUUUCUCAGCCUUCUCGAACAAUUGGCCGAAAAUGAGUCUGUGAUGGGUACGGGUAAUGAGCUGGACUUUUUCCUAGCUGGGGCGCCGAAUACUGGGUAG